GCAGCGGCGGCGGCAGCGGCGCCUCAGUCGCCGCCGCAGCACCCGCAGCAGCCGCCGCAGCACCCGCAGCAGCCGCUCUCCGACGAAGAGCUUUUCCAUCAGCUCCGCCGCUACGGCUUGUCUCCGGGCCCGGUGACCGAGAGCACCCGGCCGGUCUAUCUCAAGAAGCUCAAGAAGCUUCGCGAGGAGGAGCCGCCGCCGCCGCCGCCGCCGCAGCCACAGCAGCAGCCGCCGCGGCUGCUGCUGCAACCGCAGCACCGGGCGGGGGGCCGCGGCCACAAGACGCGGAACAGUAACAACAAUAACACGGCCGCCGCCGCCGCGAUCGCGGGCUCGGCGGCGGGGAUGGGACUCCGGCCGGGCUCGGGCGACCUCCCGUACUUGCGGACCCCGGCGGGCCUCGGGCGCCUGUCGGCCUCGGGGCCGGAGAGUCCCGGGCCUGCGGCGGCCGCCGUCCCCAAAGUGCUGCUGGGCUUCAGCUCGGACGAGUCGGACGUGGAGGCCAGUCCCCGGGAGCAGGCCGGCGGCGGCGGCGGUGGUGGCGGUGGCGGUGGUGGUGGCAGCAGCGGCGGCGGCGGCUCGCGGAGGGACCGGGCAGCCGCGCUCCACCACCGCGCCGGGCUCCGAGCAGCCCCGGCGCCCCUGGCCUCCGGCGAGGGGGCGCACGGCGAGCGGAGGAAGCCCCACUCGUGGUGGGGGACGCGGAGGCCCGGCGUCCACGAGCCGGCGCUGUCGUCGGGGAACGACGGGGCCGAUGCCGCGGAGGACGGGGACGUGGACGGGGCGGACGGCGGCGGCUGCGGCGAGAGGGAUCCCGGCGAGGCCGACGAGCCGCGGUGGGCGAGCCGAGCGGUGAACGGCAGCCGGCUCCUGGCGUACAGCUGCCGGGAGCACUACUCGGACUCGGAGGAAGAGGACGACGGCGGCGGCGGCGGUGUGGUCGGGGCCUCCUCCACCUCCUCCUCCGGUGGCGGCGGCAGACAGGUAUUAAAGGACGACUCCCUGGCCCGGCAUCGACCCAGACGGAGCCAUGCUAGUAAGCCUUUCUCGGCGCUGACGGCUAAAUCUGGCGGCAGCCGGCAGGAGACUCCGGUGCAGGGAGGGGGAGGACUCGCGAUGAAUGACAGGGCGGCGGCUGCUGCUGCCGCCGCCGCCGUCGCCGCCGCCGCCGGGAGUCUAGACAGGAGCCGAACCCUGGAGGAGGCGGCGGCUGCGGCUGCGGCGGCCGAGCCGGGAGGAGGGGGGUGCGAGCCGCUGGACGCCACCAGCCCCGUUCCUCGGUACCGCGCGGGCGCCAAGAAGCUGGCCCCGCCGGGUCCUGACAUGGACUCCUCCACCCUGGAGCCGCCCACGGGGUCCCUGCUCAAAACCAACAACCACAUAGGCGGUGGCGCCUUGGGCGGCGGCGUGGAUCCCCCCAGCGGCUACCCCAACAGCCUCCCUCCCGGUGCCGCCGCCGCCGCCGCGCCCCCGACCUCACUCAGGAUCAAUCACGCCAAUCAUACCGGCUCCAAUCACACCUACCUGAAGCACGCCUACGGCAAGCCCAAGCUGUGCGAGCCCGAAGAGGAACUUCUCCAGCAGUUUAAACGGGAAGAGGUGUCCCCGACGGGGACUUUCAGUGCUCACUACUUGUCCAUGUUUCUCCUGACUGCCGCCUGCCUGUUUUUCCUCAUAUUGGGACUGACUUACCUAGGAAUGAGAGGGACGGGAGUCCCCGAGGAUGGAGGUCUCAUAAAAAACCCCUUUGAUGAAACAUUUGGAAAAAUACAAGAAAGUGAAAAAAAUCUUCUGAUGAGCACAUUAUACAAACUUCAUGAUCGAUUGGCCCAGCUUGCAGGAGAUCAUGAAUGCGGCAGUUCCAGUCAAAGGAUGCUUUCCGUCCAGGAGGCAGCUGCGUAUUUAAAAGAUUUAGACCCUGAGUAUGAAGAUGUAUUUAAUACUUCAUUGCUGUGGAUUUUAAAAAAUGGGAAAGAUGUUGGAAUAAGGUGUGUUGGUUACGGGCCUGAUGAGGAGCUGAGCAACAUAACCGACGUGCAGUUUUUGCAGUCCACCAGACCGCAGAUGUCGUUCUGGUGUCGGUUCCGACGCGCGUUCAUCACCGUCACCCACAGGUUGCUGCUGCUGUGCUUGGGUGUGGUGAUGGUUUGUGUCGUCCUCCGUUACAUGAAAUACCGCUGGACUAAGGAGGAAGAGGAGACAAGGCAGAUGUACGAUAUGGUGGUAAAGAUUAUAGAUGUUUUACGGAGUCAUAAUGAAGCUUGCCAGGAAAAUAAAGACUUACAACCUUACAUGCCUAUUCCGCAUGUUCGAGACUCCUUAAUACAGCCCCAUGACAGGAGGAAGAUGAAGAAGGUCUGGGCUAGAGCCGUGGACUUCCUUGCUGCCAACGAAUCCAGAGUGCGCACGGAAACAAGAAGAAUAGGAGGUGCAGACUUUCUAGUCUGGCGGUGGAUCCAGCCCUCUGCAUCCUGUGAUAAGAUAUUAGUGAUACCUUCUAAAGUGUGGCAAGGCCAAGCAUUUCAUUUAGAUAGAAGAAAUUCACCACCGAAUAGUUUGACGCCGUGUUUGAAGAUUCGAAAUAUGUUUGACCCAGUUAUGGAAAUAGGAGAUCAAUGGCAUCUGGCAAUUCAAGAAGCAAUUCUCGAAAAAUGCAGCGAUAAUGAUGGCAUUGUUCAUAUUGCAGUAGACAAAAACUCACGGGAGGGUUGUGUAUAUGUUAAAUGUCUGUCUCCGGAAUAUGCUGGAAAGGCUUUCAAAGCCCUGCAUGGCUCUUGGUUUGAUGGGAAGUUGGUCACCGUGAAAUACUUGCGGCUGGACCGGUACCACCACCGCUUUCCCCAAGCGCUCACCUGUGGCACCCCCCUGAAGCCAUCAAAUCAACACAUGAACUCCAUGUCUCAUCUGCGCCUUCGGACUGGCCUGGCCAAUUCUCAAGGAAGUUGCUGAAAAGACUUCACUCCCAGGACUGUGAUUUAAAGAGGAAAACUCACUCCCGUUUGGCUUCCCGUCUUCCUUUGCAGAUGCUUUUUGUACGUAAUAUUUUGAUUGCUGAAGACAGCUGUUUGAAAGUUCCUGACAUCCUAAGGUUCCAGAGGGGUGUGGCAGUGAGGCCGCAAGGCUGGGGAGGCAGAGUCCUUGCUCAUUGAGCUUGUGGAGCUCAGCGAGGCCAUUGCAUCUGGAGUUGUACACAAGAAACACUGCUUCACUGGCUUCCCAGUAGCCGGUUCAGAGAUGGUGGUUACAUUUUGUGCACCAAGAAGUGUUUAGGUAACCACACAAAAGCAUGGCGAAGCCGCUUUUUAUAUUUCCAUAAUUUCUUGUGAACUAAUGUGAAUUUUUGUAUGCAGUCAGCUGCGUAAUCCCUUACAGGCUGCUGUGGUAAAACUGUUUAUCUCCCACUUCCACCUUAGGUUUCUAUUGCUUGUAAAAGGUUCUUUUGCUGCAGCUGGAAUAUGGGGCAAUGUAUUUGGUUUUAAUGGUUACAUACAUGUGUAAGUGGAUGUACAUGUACUUAAAUUGGCUUUUGUAUAUAUGUAUAAAUGCUGAUGGUAGUGGAAGUCUUGUUUUGUGAGAAUGUCUGCAUUAGCAGUAAAAUAAGCUUUCUAUUUUAUUCAUAAUCUAAUUUGUGUAUAUAUAUGUGCAUAGCUGUGUGUUUAUGUACAUAUGUAACUAGAUGUAUGUACAUAGACACACAGAUAUAUACAUAUGGCUGUACUGUCAUAGAUGACCGAACAGCCAGAUACCUGGAAGUAUUAGACACAUGUUUAAAAUACCUUUUAUAGAUUUUAUAUACAAAUGCCUGAGUAUGAUUUUGUGUGAAAGUUCUGGCACCAGUUGUAAUGAGUUCAAAUUUAUGUGAGCAAUAAAGAAGCAAUUGGCAGAUACUGGAAACGAGCUUGUGAAAAGCUGUACGUAUUACAAAUCCUGGGGCUGUACGGUGCUCUUGGGAUGAUGUCAUUUCCCAGUCCGUUCACUGCUCCGCUCUGUGUCCCGGGUCCAGCAGGCACUUUGGUGCAGACUACAAAUUGCCCUUGGGUGUCAGGCCAUGCCCGUCUGCAGUGUCGCAGAUGCACAAACGGCCAUUGUGCAUCGGUGUUUGUUUCAGGAGAGCUGCUUUCUUACUGCUUAUGAUUUCAGGUCAAAAUAGUUACUGAUCAAGGUCUAUUUGUAACCUAAAAAUUGGCUUUUUGAAAAAGAACCUUCUGGAUAUAUCAUUGUUGGUCCAAAUGAAUAUGUGAAACAGCUGGAAUUACCAAUCUUAACAUUUGUUUUCAGUUCAGUUGUCUUUCUGUUGUAUAUAUGUUGGGUUUGCAGCAUGAACUUGCACAGAUAAUGCACGUUUUCUGGUUAAGUAAACAUGAUGCACACUAUUCUGUAACGGAAAACCCUUUGUGCCUUACCUGUGUGCUUUUGUGGGCACCAUGUUUAUGAAGAAGAAAUGAUUUGUUAUCAGAAGAGAAUGAAUUUUAAAUUCUCAAUCUAUGUCUCAGAUGCUAACGUGUUAAAAUAUAAAUAUAUAAUAUAUAAAAGAACCAAUCUUUCUGUAUUUUAUGUGCAUCGUAGUGAUUUAUUUGACCUUAGUGACCGCAUCUUGUAACCUGUUGCAAGAGUGAAUGUAAAAAUAGUUGUGGCAUUUUAACAGGUCACCUUUUGAUGCAGAUGCAUCUUUUUCUUGCUUCUAAGAUAUAUUUCAUGUAAACAUUGUACAUUUAUUAUUGUAAUAUAUAUACUAUUAUGCAGCUUAUUUUACCUGGAACUCUUAAGCUGACCAAGAGUCCUCCCUAUAAGACAGAUGGGAAUGUGUAUAAUAAUUAGGUAUUUGAAAAGUUCUGGUUUGAUGUAAUCUGUUUUUUUGUUCUGUUUAAAAAAGAAGGAAAACAUUCUAAUUAAAAAUUUAUUAGGUUUUUUAAGAA